CAUCAGUGGAGGAGACCCAUUUGAUUUCUGUCAGAGGCUGUAUGACAAUCGGUCACUCAGGAUGACGCAUCAGUUCCCCACACUCUCUGAGGGGCAGAAGAGGGAGCUACAUGAGACAGCUCUACGCAUAGUUACCCCAGGGAAGGGCAUUCUGGCUGCAGAUGAGUCCGUGGGCAGCAUGGCUAAGCGGCUCGCCCAGGUGGGAGUGGAGAACACAGAGGAACACCGCAGACAGUUCCGGCAGAUUCUAUUCAGUGCAGAUGAUCGCAUCAAUGGCUGCAUUGGAGGGGUCAUCUUCUUCCAUGAGACACUGUACCAGCACUCUGAUAACGGCGUACCCUUUGUCAAACUGAUCAGGGACAGGGGCAUCCUGGUCGGCGUCAAGGUUGACAAGGGCGUCGUCCCCCUGGCAGGAACUUCUGGAGAAACCACCACACAGGGUCUAGAUGGAUUGUCAGAGCGCUGUGCUCAGUAUAAAAAGGAUGGAGCUGUCUUUGCAAAGUGGCGCUGUGUUCUCAAAAUCAGUGACACCAAUCCAUCUAAAUUGGCUAUCACAGAAAAUGCAAAUGUUAUUGCACGCUACUCCAGCAUCUGCCAGCAGCAUGGCAUUGUGCCCAUCAUAGAGCCGGAGAUUUUGCCUGAUGGAGAUCAUGACCUGAAACGCAGCCAGUACGUCACCGAGAAGGUCCUAACUGCGGUGUACAAGGCUAUGUCGGACCACCAUGUGUAUCUGGAGGGCACCCUCCUCAAACCCAACAUGGUUACUUCUGGACACAGUUGCCCCACCAAGUACAGCCCAGAGGAGGUCGCUAUGGCAACUGUCACCGCCUUGCGCCGUACUGUCCCCCCAGCAGUCACAGGGGUGGCUUUUCUCUCAGGGGGUCAGAGUGAAGAGGAGGCCUCUGUCCACCUCAAUGCCAUCAACAACUGCCCCCUGGCCAAACCCUGGAUCCUAACGUUCUCCUUCGGCCGAGCCCUGCAGGCGUCUGCGCUCAGAGCCUGGAGAGGACAUAAAGAGAAUGAGAAAGUCGCCACUGAGCAGUUCAUCAAGAGAGCAGAGGUGAACAGUCUGGCAUGUCAGGGGAAGUACACUGGUGGCGAUAACUAUGGUGAGGCUGGCUCGCGCAGCUAUGGUUCCUGUCAUGCAUACUGAGCAGUUUAAGAAGCCAUGUUUAAAUUAGCAUUGAGUUUUCUUUACAUUACCAUGACAAGGAGGAAUUUGAAUGUAGAUAAUUAGGUUAUUUUUAGAAAUCUGAUACUCAUGACGAUGUUACAUGAAAACAAGUGACAGCGUGUUUUCUUGCCUUGACAAAUGAGGACAAUCCGAACCUGGCCUUAGGUAUUCAUAAUGCAUGCAUUGAAUGGAAAUUGCUUGCUUUUGUUUGAAAGUACAGUGUGCUCUUGUGACAGUGAC